AUGCCCGUAUUUCCUGGAUUUGCAUUUCAAGUGUCAUUGUACUUUGUAACGGUGAGAAACGUGGACGAAGAUUCAUUGCCGGUGAUGGUUGAGGCUAUUGAAUGGCUACGAAAGGAGACGAUGCCGUUGAAGAGUGAGUUGCUGUGUUACUUUGAGAUUCAACUGAGUGACUGCCUCAGGCCCAACUGUCUUAUCAAGCAUUUCAAGCCGAGAAAUGUGAGCACACUGGGAACGAGCUCGAUGCCGGUGAUGUCAACGACACAGACAGUUGUUGCUGUCAGACCAUCUGUUUGUGGUUCUACCAACUUAGUUCAAGCACAGGACAUGGAGACGCCAAAUUUCCUUGGAGCUGUAAAGGAAGGGAUGACGUCUCUAUCAGCCCAGUCAGGCAACAAAGGAACAUCAAAUUUGACUGUUAGUGGGCAGAUAGUCACACCAACAAAACCGAUAGCUGCCAAGAAGAAAGCUCGUGCCGAGAGGUUUGGACUCAAGACUCUCCCACACCCACAACGCAACAUCUCACCAACCACUUCCAUUCCAACUAUACCAGUCAAGCCUCUCACAUCGUCGACUGCCGCUGCUCUCACCUCAACACAUCAACAUGUUACCAAUACAACAAAAGCCAUACAAACCACCAAACAGUCGAAACAAACAACAGAAAACACGAAAUCAGAAAACAAGGACGCGACGUCGACAGCAGAGAGCGAAAAGUCCAAGCCUGGCACACAGCAAAUCGUGUGGGAUUUAGAUGGAAAGAAGAAAGACACGCUGCCAAUCAAGAGCCCGACAAUCAACAAACCAAGCACGGACGUCCAGAAACCCAAGAAUGACAGCAACAGCAUCGACAUCAGUAACAGUGAUAGAGACACGAAUCGAAGCGAAAAUCCUAGUUCGUCGUCUGUGAAUGAUAAACGGAAGCUGCAGGAGAUCAAAUGGCACUUAGGAGACGUAAAACGUUUUGGGGUAUUGUCUGUGGGGACGUUGCUUGUUAGGAUGAAACGAAGAGCGUCCGAAGGUGGAGCAACAAACGAGAGCAAUCGGCAAAAUGUUAGCAGCAGCAGUGGUGGCAACGACGAGGGACAGAAAGGACAGACUGGAGGAGCAUCAGGAGCAUCAGGGAUGAAGAUCAGACUGACAGCUAAGGCGACAUAGUGGAUGCUGUGACGGUUUGUCUUUGUCGUUUGACAUUCACA